AUGGCUGGCCUGGUGGAUUGGUCGCCUCUGCGGCACCAGCGGCACUCGGCACAUCUGAAGACGGAGCCCAGCCUGGCGAAGACGGCCGAGGGGAGCCUUCGACGCACCAAGAGCGAAGCCAACUAUGCCACGGCGCCUGCGCGGCAUCAGACGGUGAUCACCGAUCCCAAAUUCCUGGAAGAGCUCAGGAAAUUGAAGGAGGCCCGAGCCAAGGCGCCGAGCUCGCCGGUGGCGCAGCUGAAGGCCACGGAGUCGGAGGAGAUCAGUGCCCAGCUGCCGGAGGAGGGCUGGAUCUUCAGCGCCUCUGAGGAGCCCUUCACGCGGCGCAGCUGGCGGAAACGCGGCGGAACUGAGGAGGAGGAGCCAGACCUUGUAGCUCGUGUGGCUUCUGACUGGGGUGUGGCUGCCACUUGUUGUAAAGGUCGCAAGAGCAAAGGCGACUGCAGCGUAGGGCAGGAUAACUUUUUGAUUGCCAAGCUGCCCAAUGAGUGGAUGGUGCUCUGUGUCUUUGAUGGUCAUGGUGUUGACGGCCACUGGCCUGCUCAGCGCAUCACAGAAACAGUGCCCCACUUUCUCCAAGAGGAGCCUUGUGCUGAGUGGCUGAAGAGCGGCGACGCAGACAAGGCAUUGACGCAUGCUUUCAAGGAAGCAGAAGCAGAGUUGGAGGCGUUCGCCGUGGAGAUGGGCAAAGACCUAGACCUCUGCGGCUCCACGGCGACGGUGGCCUUGAUCCCGAAGAGCCGCGAUGCAGUGUGGGUGGCCACCGUGGGGGAUUCCCGGGCCAUUCUGCUGGACCAAAGGCGGGUGCUGCACGAGACCUCAGACCACAAGGCCACUCGAAAGGAUGAAGCCGAGCGCAUCAAAAGUGCUGGGGGACGCGUGAUCAACACCGAAUAUGACGAUGGCACCGAAGAUUCGCGGAUCACGCCCAAAGACCUGGUCUCGCCGCAGAUUGCCAUCUCCCGUUCCAUGGGCGAUCUGAUCUUCAAGGAUUCGGGCGUGACAGCGGAGCCUGAGAUCGUUCACUGGUCCUCCUUCAGCAACCAUGAGACGUACCUGGUGAUUUGCAGCGAUGGAGUCUGGGAGUUUCUGAGUUCCGAAGAUGUCCAGAACUUUCUCCGCGACUCCUUGGCCAACACGAGCUCCGCACCAGAGGUGGCCAAUGGACUGCUUCACUUGGCGCAAAAAACUUGGAAGCAACACGAGGCUUUCUACUGCGAUGAUAUCACCGUGGUCCUGGCCAGCCUUCGUGGCAGCUUGCCCGUGAAAACACCCCCGGCAAAGAAGCCGUGCCCCGGGGUUGCGGCGGAUGCUGAAGUCUGGAACGCGGAGUCUGGACCCGCCUUGGCUCUGAAACAGGACCUGGAGUCUGCACGGCAGCAAGGUUGGCCCAUGUUGAGGGCCAGCUGGGUGCAAAGUAUGCAGGAGCAGCGCUGUUCACGGCGCUUCGGGCAUCGCGCGUUGAGCGCUUCCGAGGCGGAUGCGAUGUGUCGCGCAGCUGAAGAAAAAGCUGAAAGCUGUCCCAGGGUGCAGCGCACCAGGCCUUCCUUCGCCCCUUGUAAGACGCUGGCGACGCUGCGCGCGGAACAUGCCAUGUUGGCGCGGCAGAAUCAACUGCAGCGCUUGGUGAUGCGCCUUGAAAAGACCUUGAAGGCCAUACAGAUGAGUCGAAAGCAUGUCAUGCUAUGA